UUGACCUCCCCAAAUCACGGGUUGUUCUCCUCAUUUCUUCAAUCCACUUUUCUCGAGAUUCCCUCCGCCGCUAGGUGUCUGCGCUCUUGGGUGCGUCACUGAACUGACACUUGGUAUCUGCAGUUGAUUCGGUUUACGAGAGUAGUCGAGAAGAGUGAGUCCGAAACAGGCGCCUCCACGUCUUGUAUUUCGAGUCUCUUAGCUGUCUUCAGUGUUGUUACAUUAGCCUAUAAUCUAGCACAGGGACAAUGGAAGCCAUGGCGGCGUGCGCUCCGACGCGGAAUCUUAUGAGCCAGAAGAUUUCUGGCAUCCGCUGCUUAUCCGGAGAGACUCUAGGCGAAUCGCUCCACAAGAGACCAUCCUCAGUCUGCUUUCCGCAAGCCAAGUCCGGCCGACAGGCUAAUCCCUAUGGAACUUCCCGGAGACUGACAGUAGAAUGUAACAAAGUACGGAAAACGAAGCGAGCGCCGAUGGAUCCGGACUACCCGUGGCCUGACAAGUACCACGCGGAGGAGAAGGGCUUCCUGGCGUUCUUCUCCAAGAGCAAGGAGACUCCAGGGAAGAAGGGGAAGCCCAUGAUGCUGCCGUUUGAACGGCCGCUCGAGGACCUGGAGAAGCGGAUCAAAGAGGUCCGUGAUCUGGCGACGAGAACGGGAAUGGAUUUCACCGAGCAGAUUCACGAGCUGCAGGAGAAAUACGACCAGCUGAAACGCGACAUCUACUUGCGUCUAACUCCGGUGCAACGGCUGGGCGUGGCGCGCCAUCCCAACCGUCCGACGUUCCUCGACCACGUGCUCAACAUCACAGAUAAGUGGGUGGAGCUGCACGGCGACCGCGGCGGGUACGACGACCCGGCGCUGGUGUGCGGGCUGGGGCGCAUCGACGGCAUGAGCUUCAUGUUCAUGGGGCACCAGAAGGGCCGCAACACCAACGAAAACAUCUACCGCAACUUCGGCAUGCCGUCGCCCAACGGAUACCGCAAGGCGUUGCGUCUGAUGCGGCAUGCAGAGCACUUCGGCUUCCCCAUCGUCAUGUUCAUCGACACCCCGGGCGCAUAUGCUGGCAUCCAGGCCGAGGAGCUCGGGCAGGGCGAGGCCAUCGCCCACAACUUGAGGGAGAUGUUCGGGCUCAAGGUGCCCACCAUCUCAGUUGUCAUCGGAGAGGGCGGCUCUGGCGGCGCCCUCGCUAUAGGCUGCUGCAAUAAGAUGCUCAUGCUCGAGAACGCCGUCUACUAUGUCGCCAGCCCCGAGGCCUGCGCUGCCAUUCUGUGGAAGACUGCUGCGGCCGCUCCCAAGGCCACGGACGCGCUCAGAAUCACGGCGAACGAGCUGCAGCAGCUCAACGUGGUGGAUGAAGUCAUUCCGGAGCCGCUAGGGGGAGCCCAUGCCGACCCCGUGAAGACAUCGCUUGCCAUUCGAUCUGCCAUUCUUGCCAACAUGAAGGAGCUGCUGAAGCUGGACCAAGAUGAGGUGAUCAGCCAGCGCGUGGCCAAGUUUCGCACCAUAGGCGGGUUCACUGAGGGCAAGGCGGUGGACCCAGCCAAGAAGCGCGCCUUCAAGAAGCGUGACAAACCCGUCCCCCUGCGCUCCGCCCCCUCCUCGCCCUUCUCCCCUCCGCCCUCCUCCUCUCAAGUCAACUCCAAGCGCGUUCCCAGCAAAGCAGCAGAGAGCAACUAAAUGGUUUUUGAGCUGAAUGGUCUCAACUGAAUGGUUUUUGAGCCGGCUCAAGAGGCACCCCCUUCCGUGCCACGGCGUAGUCUCCCCUCCCCCCCCCCUCCUCCAACCCCCCUCCACUUCCUUUCAAGUCACCUACAUGCAAAGCAGCUCCUAGCAAAGCAGCAGGCAGCCACUGGUAAGACAAGGAUGCAGCAGCAGUGGGUGCUGCUUUAAGAGCAUGUUUUUGACUCGACUCGCCUGAAUUUUGUUUACACUUCAUACCAAGGCAUGUAUGGUAGUUGCAAUGGUGGGUCCUGUCAUGAGCAUGUGUGACAUGCUCAGGGGAGCAUAGGCAGGUAUGAGGAAGUAUGGCUUCCCUCCCCUCCCUGGAUAGAUAACCUGGCUUGCUGGUUGUGGCACCAUGCCACUUAUAGAUAAUGACAAUUGCGUGUACUUACGUAUUUUGUGUUGUGGUUUCACAUUGUGGAACUUGUAUCACUCACACACCUUAUAUGGUGUCGUGUCUUUCGAAUGGGAGUAA